AUGUAAAAUCAUAACUACAAUAUAGAAGCUCAUAAUAAUCCUAAGGUUAUGGCUUAAGAGUCUCUGGCUAAAGUUCAUAAUUAACAAGAUAGAAUUUAAAGUAUUAAAAAUAUUAACAAUAUUUAAAAUACAUAUGCUGAGGCUAAUAACUAGAAAGACGCUAUCGUUAAUAAUAAAACUCUCCCUAAAGAAGUAGAGUCUAUUCAUUUAGAGACAAAAAAUUAAAAGAAACACACUAACUCCUAAAAAUAAGCUAGCAAUCAAGAAAUUGCAGUAGUUAUAAGUGAUCAAAAAACAAAAGAAAAGUUAGAGACUGAUGAUGAAGAAAUGAUCAACUUUUUUUCGGUAGACUAUGAAGAAUAAUAAAAGAAGAAUUAAGAAAACACUAAAUGGAAAAAUUUCAACUUUUCUUACAAUGUAAAUUGUCUAUUUAAGGUAUUCUUUAUAGAUUAUUUGAAACUCCUUAUCAGUUGCUCAAAGCAUAUCAAAGAAAAUGGCUCACUUAAGCUCAAAAACAUUCCAUUUUUAACCCCAUCAUAAAGAGUAGAAAACAACUGUAAAGCCUUCGAGGAAAAUAUAGAAAAAACUAUUAAAAAUAAGGAAAAAAUAGGUAAAAAACUUUCUUCGUCAGACAUGUUAAAAAUCUUGUUGCGCACUUUCUAUUUACCAAUCAUAUAGAUAAUCCUCUCAGUGCUCUUCUUCUAUGGUUUGAAAAUUUUUUUCUCAAACUGCAUCAACUUUUUAAUUGUUGCAGUAAUUGAAAAUAAAAGCUAAAAUCUAAUAUAUGGAUGGGCAAUUGUUAUGGCUGUUACUUAGUACUUGUAUAUAUCUUUUUGUCAUCAUUCUGUUCGUUUCUAUACGAUCUUCUUCACAUAAUUCAGGGCGAUUUUCAAUAAAGUACUCUUCUAAAAAAUUCAAUCACUCUCUGCAUUUUAAAUUAAAGAAGCUAACGUUGGAAAAUUAGUCAACUUAGUUUCAAAUGACCUUAAUCUUUUAGAAAUGAAAAGCUAUUAAAUCAUUUGUUUGCUUUCUCUUCCUCCUCCUAUUAUCGCAGUUGGCCUAAUUCUUUAUUACAGAUUUAACGAAUAUGCUGUUAUAGGACUGGCUGUUAUGAUUGGUUACAUACCAUUUUAAAUCUUUUUUGCUAAAAUUAGUUCUAAGUACUUUAAAGCUAAGGCUUCAUUAGUUGAUUAGCGUGUAAAAUUCACUAAUGAAAUAAUUGAAGGAAUACGUUUAAUAAAAAUGUAUGCUUGGGAAGAAGCUUUUGUCCAUUUAGUUUAAACACUGAGAAAAACAGAAUUGACUAAAAUAUUUUAUAUUUAACUGAUAUACUUGAUUGAGCACUCUUUUAGUUAUGUCUCAGGAUUAUUUUCUACAUUCAUUGUAUUUUUCAUUAUGUAUAAAUAUGGUGGACCAAGCGCUUUGAAUGUUGCUAAUAUGUAUUCUACUUUAGAUUUACUUUCUUAUAUUAAGCAGCAAGUAGUCGCAUCUGCAGGAUUUGGCAUUGUAGGUUUAUUGGAAUUAAAAGUUGUUUUGGAAAGAAUGAUCACAGUUAUUUCUAUGAAGUCUACUGAUAUGAUUUGCAUGGAGAAAAUUGAAAACUUUGAAGGAAAAAAUCUUGAUAUAGGCGAAAUAGAAAUGAAAAGCUUUAAUGGUUAUUGGUAAGAGAAAGAACCUGUUCUAAAAGACAUUAAUUUUGAAAUAAAGAAAGGAGAAUAUAUAGGAAUCGUAGGAAAAGUAGGAAGUGGAAAAUCUUCACUUUUAAGCUGUAUCUUAAAAGAAGUGCCAAAGUACAAAGGAUACUUUAAUUUCUAAGGGAGAAUAGCCUAUGUUGAAUAGGAACCUUAUAUUUUCAAUAAAACAAUAAAAGAAAAUAUUAUUUUCGGAGCUAAAUAUGAUGAAGAGUAUUAUAAUAGAGUUGUUUAAGCUUGUUGCCUUAUUGAUGAUCUUAAAUUAUUUGAUUAUGGAGAUUAGACUCAAAUCGGAGAAAGAGGUGCCAAUAUUAGUGGUGGAUAAAAAGCUCGUAUUUCACUAGCUAGAGCUGUUUAUUCUCAAGCAGAUAUUUAUUUGUUGGAUGAUCCUUUAUCUGCAGUUGACUCAAAGGUUGCUAAACUUUUAAAUGAAAAUGUUAUUUAAGGGCUGUUGAAAGGAAAAACUAUUCUCUUGGUAACACACUAAAUUCCUUUUACCAAAAAUGCUGAUAGAGUUAUCAUAUUAGAUGAAGGAAAAAUUUAAUAGAUUGGCACAUUUAAGGAAGUAGAAUAGCAUUUGUAAGGACUGAGUAAUUAAGUUAUCCAUGACAAUUCAUAGAAUAAGGUAUAAAAUGAUGAAUAACACAACAACUUAUAGUAAGAUGAAAAAUAAAAUGAAAAUGAUAAUGAUGAGAACAAAAAUGAAAGGGGAAAUAAAGAAAAUGUUUAAAUAGAGAAAAAGAAAAUUUAAACAGUAUAAAAGUAAGAAUAGCAAACAACAGCUAAUUUGUAAAAUAAUUAAAAAAAAGACAAACUCUACACUAGCGAAGAAGAUGAAAAGAUUGUUGUUGGCUUUAAAACAUAUAUCGAUUACUUGAAGUUUUCUAAGCUUUGGUUAUUAGUGCCUUUGAUAUUUGCUCUUUUUGUAACUUGUGAAGUAGUCUUUAUUUUUUACUCAAAAACUAUAGGAAAAUAUGGUGAGAAAGAUUCUGACAAAUUUUAUUAUAUCAGCUUUUUAGGAUAUCUUUCACUUAUGUAUUUUGUUAACCUUAUUUUAAAAUAUUCUCUAUUAACUAUACUUGCUAAUCGUAGUAGCUACAACAUUCAUAAUAGUAUGAUUCAAUCUAUGAUUAGAGCCACUGUUUUGUAUUUCGACAGAACUCCUUCAGGUAGAAUACUAAAUAGAUUUUCAUCAGAUUUAGGAACCAUAGAUUAAGAUUUAGUAAGGACUGCAAUGGAUACAAUUGAAAUAAUCUGCAGCUUUUUAGUUUUAAUUGGCACAAUUAUUUCAAUUAAUCCUUAUUUUACUAUCAUAGCUGUAAUAGAAGUAUUUAUUCUUAGCUUGUUUCUUGGUAUCUCUAAAAGAGUGCUUGUUCAAUCAAAGUAAAUUGACUUAAGAUACAGAUCACCUGUUUUUACUUUCUUCAAUCAAACAACUUAAGGAGUUUUACCAAUUAAAAUCUACUAAAAGCAGGAACUUUUCUCUUAAAACUUUGAUUAUAUAUUGAACAAUUCCCUACGUACUUCGUUUACAUACUGGAAUAAUUCAAGAGCUUUUGGAUACUAUGUUAACUUAGUUACUACAAUAGCAUCUAUAAUUGGUGUUUUCAUGCUACUUGCAAUUAACUAAGAUCCUUCAACACUAGGAUAAACAAUUAUUUACUUUUUAAGUAUCAGUGACAACAUAUAAUGGGGAUUAAGAUAAAUGAUUUAAACGGAUGUUUCUAUGUCCAGCGCUUAGAGAGCUAUAAAUAUGACAUUAAUUGAAUCAGAACCUGCUUUGAGAACAGAGUAUGACUCAAAUAAGAUUCUGCAAAAUCGCAAAAUAAAAGAAUCUUUCCCAACUAAAGGAGAAGUUGAAUUUAAUAAUGUAAAAAUGAAGUACAGAUAAGACUUAGGAAAUGUUUUGAAUGGUCUAACAUUUUAGUUGAAUGCAGGUGAAAAAGUUGGUUUUAUUGGAAGAACAGGAGCUGGUAAGUCCUCAAUUAUUCAAGCUUUAUUUAGAAUGACCGAAAUACAAUCAAAUAUUGGAACUUAAGAGGAAAUAAGUGAUGAUGAGGAAAAACAAUUAAAUUGUAAUAUGUAUAUUAAGAUAGAUGGUCACAAUAUAAAAGAUUUGGGACUCCAUACUUUGAGAGGAGGAAUUAGCAUAAUUCCACAGGUACCUUUUAUUUUCUCUGGUACUAUAAGAAGAAAUUUAGAUCCAUUAAAUCUAUUCUCAGAUGAAUAAAUUAUUGCUACUUUAUAAGACAUUAAUUUGAAAGUAACUAGUUUGCCUAAUGGUAUUAACACUGAUAUGACCAAUUCUGCAGAGAUAUUUAGUACAGGCUAAAAAUAGCUUAUAUGUUUAGGUAGAGCACUGUUAAGAUAAAGUAAGAUCAUUGUGCUUGAUGAAGCCACAGCUAAUUGCGAUAUGUAAACUGAUGAAUUAAUACAAAGUAAAAUUAGAGAAAAAUUCAGUAAUUCAACUGUGAUUACAGUCGCUCAUAGGUUAAAUACUAUAGCAGAUUAUGAUAAAAUUGUGGUAAUGGAUAAAGGUGUGGCUAUAGAAUCUGGAAAACCCUAUGAUCUUUUAAACAGAGAUGAUAGUGUCUUUAAACAAAUGGUUAACCAUACAGGAGCAGCUAAUGCACAAUGUAUAUAUAAUAUUGCUAAAAGAAGUAUUCUAUAAAAAUAGUAAGCCGCCAAUUAAUGA